CCAGAUGGAAUCUUGGGAGAAUCUCCCCUUUCUUUCUCUCCCUCUCAUUCUCUCUCUCUUGUAAACAUGAGGGAAAGUUGAAACACAGUGUUCAAAAUAAAGUAGCAAUCUUUUCGUUCUGCUACGGCUUAGCUUUCUUCCUGAGCAACUCCCUGCACAUUUGUGCUGACCUCUUGAAGCGGCGCUCGUGACUCUGCGCCAGUCAUGGCGCAAUCCACGGCGAUAAGCGCAGGGAUAUCUGGCAGCGCGCGCUUCCUCCUUGAUUGCAAGGCAACCGGCCAGUCGUGUGCCACAAAUGCUCGGUAUGCCCUGCCGAAUCUGGAGAGCAAGUCUUUCCUGUGCGGUCAGAAUGCAGGCCUCAGAAACAAGGCAAUAUUAAGACAGGGAGCCAAUGCUAGGACUCACAAAGCUACGCUGAAGGAGCGGAGGCAGGUUGCUCGGGCGACCGCGGCAGUGAAGGAACCAGCCGUUGGCGAGAAGGCCGGAGUGGUCGAGAACGGGAAGGACAAAGAAAGAGUCAUGAUUAUCGGUGGUGAUGGGUACUGCGGUUGGGCAACAGCAUUGCACCUCUCAGCUCGGGGGCACGAGGUUGCAAUUGUGGACAAUUUGGUCAGGCGCACUUUCGAUGACCAGUUGGGCCUCCAGACACUGACUCCCAUUUCAUCGGUGCACACACGGGUGAAGAAGUGGAAGCAGAUCAAGAACAAGGACAUCAAGCUGUUUGUUGGCGAUGUGUGCGAGUUCGACUUUCUGGCAGAUGCAUUCCAGCAAUUCGAGCCAGACGCGGUCGUCCACUUCGGGGAGCAGCGCUCAGCGCCCUACUCAAUGAUCGACCGCUCGCGCGCCGUCUUCACGCAGCACAACAACGUCAUCGGCACGCUCAACGUCAUGUUUGCAAUUAAGGAGUUUGCUCCGCAGUGCCACUUGGUCAAGCUGGGGACGAUGGGCGAGUACGGCACGCCCAACAUCGACAUCGAGGAGGGCUUUAUCGAGAUUACGCACAACGGGCGCAAGGACGUGCUGCCGUUCCCCAAGCAGGGCGGCUCCUUCUACCACCUGAGCAAGGUCCACGACUCGCACAACAUCGCGUUCGCGUGCAAGGCCUGGGGAAUUCGUGCCACGGACCUGAAUCAGGGUGUCGUGUACGGAGUCAAAACGGAGGAGACGUCGCUGGACGAGGCGCUGAUCAACCGGUUGGACUAUGACGGCGUGUUCGGCACAGCGCUGAACCGCUUUUGCGUCCAGGCAGCAGUGGGGCAUCCGCUGACCAUCUACGGAAAGGGGGGGCAGACCCGGGGUUACUUGGACAUCCGGGACACCGUCCGCUGCCUGGAGCUGGCCAUCACGCGGCCCGCCAAGCUGGGCGAGUUCCGCGUGUUCAACCAGUUCACGGAGCAGUUCAGCGUGCGGGACCUUGCCAAGCUGGUCACCGAGGCGGGGCGCAAGCUGGGGCUAGAAGUCAAGUCGAUCAACGUCGAGAACCCCCGUGUUGAAGCGGAGGAGCACUACUACAACGCGAAGCACUCGAAGCUGAUUGACAUGGGGCUGGAACCGCACUACCUGAACGACUCCCUGCUAGACUCGCUAGUCAAUGUCGCGAUUCAAUACAAGGAUCGGGUCGACUACGAGCAGAUCAUGCCCGGCGUGUCCUGGAAAAAGAUUGGCGCGAAGCCAAGGACGGGAGUCGCUCUCGCCAAGUCAUAGUGUGAAUGGUACGCAUGGCCGCAAGUAUCCAGUACUACGCAGUUGCGAGCACGGUCCUGUCUGGGGUAGGCCGCGCUGAUUAUGAGCUGGGUGCAGGAUUUUUCCAGUCCAAAAUCUUACAUUGCCAUAAUAAGAUGAUGCCGUAGGGUGAGUCAGGCCAGGUCAAACGAGUCGAGCUGGUCAGCUUGAACUUGCAUCCACUUUUCGAGCUUGGGUGUGCCAGAAGUAAAGGACGGCUGUCCCAUGUUGAGUCAAUGGCUGUACAUUGCGGUCACUUCUUGCCGCCGUCACUGGCAAUCAGCCAUCUGAGAUGAUGGGAACAGACUCAACCAUUAGUAACCAUC